AUGGAGUCUCUACCGCCAUCUAUUGAUUCGUUCUUGCCCACAGGAUAUCUGGGUUGGCUUUUGCUGCUCGUAGGGAUUUGGGUAUGUUUCCAUGUCGGCCUUGCCUUCUAUAAUAUCUUCCUCCACCCACUGCGCAAAUAUCCUGGACCAGUCCUCUGUGCUGCUACUCAGCUUCCGCAUUCAUACCAUUUGACCGCCGGCGACAGCUGCAGGUGGAUUGCCAGGCUGCAUGAGAAAUUCGGCGAUGUCGUCCGCAUUGGACCCCGAGAGCUCUCAUACACCACCACCUCCGCCAACCGAGCUAUAUUCAACAAUCGCCCCACAGAAGCAACAGUGUACGAGAAAAACCCGGUAGUCUGGCUGCAGGGCUCCGGAGUCAGCCUCAAUAUAUUCUUUGCCCGCCACAAGGAGCACAUGCGAUACAAGAAGCUGAUCGCGCCGGCGUUCUCGGAGGCAGCAAUCCGGGAACAGGAGCCGACUAUUCAACGCUUUGUCACGCAGCUCAUGGACGGGCUACGCGUGAGGUCCGGUGAGAAUAUGUAUCCCGAUGCCAACGGGGUAGUGGACUUGUAUGCGUGGUUCAACUUCAUCGUCUACGACGUUCUCACCAAGCUCGCGUUCGGUGCCGCAGUGGGCUGUCUUGAUCGCGGCGAUUACCAUCCCUGGGUCCGGGCCGUGUUUGGCGCCAUCAAACACUCGCACUUCGAGCAGGCUGCUCACAGACUCAAGCCGUAUCAUCGCCUCCUGGAGAGGCUCAUCCCGUCCGACGUCAAUGAGUCGUACUCUACCCACCUUCACUUUUCCCAUCAACAGCUGGAGGAGCUACAGAAGAUUGUUGAAGACCCCAGCGCCAAGAUCGGGAGAGCAGAAUUCGCUUCCUUCAUGCUCAAGGGCAUGAGUAAAGAGGAGCUGGAGGAUAACGUCAACAUCAUCGUUGCAGCAGGCGCCGACACCACCGUGACUGCUUUGGCUUCUGUCACCUACUAUAUCAGCCACCAUCCGGACAGCUACAAGGAACUGACCGCAGAAAUCCGCAACACAUUCACGCAGGAAAGUGAUAUUACAGCAAUCGCAGUCGGCCAAUUAACAUACCUUAAAGCCGUGAUCAAGGAAUCUCUACGCUGUCACCCCUCAGUCCCCGUCGGGCUCCAUCGUGUCGUUCCCAAGCAGGGCGGCAUCAUUGAUCAAAAAUGGGUGCCUGGUGGUACAUGGGUAUCAGUCUCUCCGUACGCGGCAUACCGCUCGUCUCGACACUGGCGCGACCCGGAACGGUUUAUCCCAGAGCGCUGGCUGGGCGAAGACGCGGCCUUUACAGACGAUGAUCGGGAUCUGUGUACUCCGUUUUCAAUCGGUCCGCGGAGCUGCAUUGGAAUCAACCUCGCGAAUGUCAACAUGCGGCUGAUCAUUGCCCGAUUGCUGUGGAAUUUUGAUCUGCACGCCCAGCCGGAUAAUGCCGAUCCCAGUGAACACCAAGAGUUCGGUGUUUGGGCGGGUAGGCCAUUGCGUAUUCGACUCACGCCUGUGAAUCAUGCCCCGUGA